CAAUGCUUGGUUUCGCGAGAAAUUGCGAUAAUCAACAUGGCUGCCGCCAUCAAGUCGUGUGUUAGAAGUGGAUCUCUUCAAAAAUGUCUUAAUUUGACGUUCAGACGGGCUUGUAGCAUUCUUGGCACCGGCAAUGUCAUUUAUGGAGAAGAAGUGGACAAAAAAGUGAGGGUAAAAGGCACUCUAACCGAUGUAGAGGUAUCCACAGACCCAGAAGAAUGGAAAUAUGUUGAGCGUCUGCUUCCAAAAAACACCAUUCCAGAUCCACCAGAUCAUCGGACACCAUCUGGCUGGGUGCCACCUGCAGAAAAUAUUGCAGGGAAGUAUCCCUACUGUAUCAGAAGAACAAAGAACCAUAUGUAUCCAGUUUAUUAUCAGGAGGAUAAAGAUAAAAGACAUUUAACAAAAAUAAGAUAUAUCACAGGAGAUGUAUGGUCGCGAGAAAUUGCGAUAAUCAACAUGGCUGCCGCCAUCAAGUCGUGUGUUAGAAGUGGAUCUCUUCAAAAAUGUCUUAAUUUGACGUUCAGACGGGCUUGUAGCAUUCUUGGCACCGGCAAUGUCAUUUAUGGAGAAGAAGUGGACAAAAAAGUGAGGGUAAAAGGCACUCUAACCGAUGUAGAGGUAUCCACAGACCCAGAAGAAUGGAAAUAUGUUGAGCGUCUGCUUCCAAAAGACACCAUUCCAGAUCCACCAGAUCAUCGGACACCAUCUGGCUGGGUGCCACCUGCAGAAAAUAUUGCAGGGAAGUAUCCCUACUGUAUCAGUAGAACAAAGAACCAUAUGUAUCCAGUUUAUUAUCAGGAGGAUAAAGAUAAAAGACAUUUAACAAAAAUAAGAUAUAUCACAGGAGAUGUAUGGGCCUUUGAAGCUGACCUUAGGGCUCACCUGGAAAAAAUGAAUCCAGGGAAAAUUAUAUUGACACGAGUCUUUGAGACUGCUGGUAUAGUUCACGUCAAGGGUAUAUAUUUGGAACAUGUGACAAAAUUCCUCCUGGAUAGGGGGUUCUGAAGCAUGGAAACAGUCAGGUUUUCCACCCAUUUUGCAUAUAAGUAUAUCCAUGGGCAGCACAGAUACAGAGUUUUGAAAUUACUUAUGUUCUGAAGAGAGUGUUUUAAAAAGUCGUGUUCAUAUCUGAUGUCUUAUGAUGAUUAAGUUAGGCUGCCAGAGGCAGAGAAAUGAAUUUCAAUACCAACAUGCUGCUGAUUAUCUGAGAGAACAAGGAUUUUGUUUGCUGAUGGAAUUUCACUCACUCAGCUGUUAGCAAAUUCAGGGCCCAGAUGAUUACAUAGUGGAAUAUCUUGAAAAGUAUAAUACUUCAUACAGCAAAUUUCAGGGGUCUUUAUUAUGACCCAGUUACAUCCCUGAUUGUAUCAGUAGUUUUGACAGAUUGUGUAAUAUAAUGCUGUUUUAAAUGUGUUUUGAACCACAAAAUUUACAACUACAAUGCCUUUGGUUGUAUUACAGGGCUUUUCAUUAAUGCCUUGUCAUGAGCAAGUUUCUUUUGUAAGCAAUUAAUAAAAAGAAAUGUUAUAAAUAAAAAAAGUAGUAACAUU